ACGCAACAUCAGUUCACCGCAUUACGUCGCCAACACCCAUUGAAGCCUCCCACUAUUCGCACACAUAAUGUCUACGCCAUGUAGAUGUGCCUCUGGGGCUGCAAGAGCAUUCAAAAGCAGCGCGGCACCCCGCAUCGCGCACCGAACGUUUGCUUCAUACAGCCCGAACUCAACACGGACUGCACCAGGAGGGACGACAGCAUGUUUAAGGGAAGGACAGAAAGCUAUUCUUGAGAGUGGGAAGGCGACAGGGGGCUUUCAAGGACAAUUACGAUCAUUUUCGCAGUCAGCAUCACGCAGCAAGCUCAAGACGAUAGACCAGAUCCGCGCGAGGAACAAGGGCGGACCAUUCAACCUCACAGCCGCCAUCCUCUUCGUUGCAGCUGGCGGAGGACUAUGGGCCUACUUCACAUACGAAAAGGAGCGCAUGGCGCGGAAGCGGAUAGCGGACCAGACAAAGGGCAUGGGCAAGCCUAAAGUCGGAGGGCCAUUCCAACUCAUUGACCAGAACGGGAACCCAUUCGGAAGCGAAGACAUGUUGGGCAAAUACUCAUUGGUCUACUUCGGAUUUACACACUGCCCCGACAUCUGCCCCGACGAGCUCGACAAGAUGGCUCUUAUGUACGACAAGGUGACCGAGCAAUGCGGAAAGGUGCUCCUCCCACUCAUGGUCACUUGCGAUCCGGCGCGCGACAACCCCAAGGUGCUCAAGGAGUACCUUGCAGAGUUCCACCCAGACUUUAUUGGGUUGACGGGCGAAUAUGACAAGAUCAAGGAGACGUGCAAGGCGUACAGGGUGUACUUUAGCACGCCGUCGAGUGUGAAGCCGGGACAAGAUUAUCUAGUCGACCAUAGUAUUUACUUCUAUUUGAUGGACCCAGAAGGCGAUUUCGUCGAAGCUAUCGGACGCAACUUCACCGCCGACCAGGCCGCGAAGGUGAUUUCAGAUCACAUCAAGGAUUGGGAGAAGCCGCUCAAGAAGGAGAGUCGAUGGCAAUGAACGUCUCUGAUUUAUUAACAUAGACCUUUAAAAGGGGAUAUACAGUGGAUCAAGCUGGACUAGCCCGUUGUACUUUUUGUGUACUACUACGCACUUCUUGUAGAUUGUAAGGCAUAUGUAGAAUAUUGUACAACUACUGCGUCACAACAUACAGUUGUACAUAUCCUCUCCUGCGAUGAUCCUUCUUAGUUCGAUCAUGCUCUGAACGCCAUAUGGAUGUGAGGCCCAAGUAACGAUAGGCUGCUGUUGCUCGCCCUCAUCAUUACCGUACCCGGCUUUCACAUGGACGAAUGCACACUGCACUAAGCGCUAAACUCUCACAGCACUACCUUGAGAAGAGAAGCACCAGUCCAGGAGAAUUGUUGUAAACAGGUGUCUUCCGUAGGCUAUCUGACUGAAUAUGGAGCCUAUCU